UCUGCAAAAGUGAGAUGAGCCAUACCCCUUCCAUCUCUUCAUUCUCCCCUAGCAGCCCUGAGUCUCCAUGGAAUCUUGGGAACACAGCUUGAAAACUGUUAUAGAGGAAAAAUAAUGGCCUUGCAGCCAGCUGACCUGGGUUUGUCUUCUAAUUCUAACACUGUUAAAUGGCGUUGGGCAUCUUAACCUCUCUCUAUCCAGUUUCUUCAUCUGUGAAAUAGGUAUUGUAAUAAUAGCUACCGUUGUAGGGCUUAAAUGUGAUAACAUACGCCAGUCAUAUGGCACAUAGUAAGUUUUUAGAACUUUAGAACAGUACAGGAGAACAAGGCAGAAGUUAAAACCAGGGAUAAGGUAGAGUCUUAGUUUUAGAACAGGGAUUAAAGCCAAUUGUUAGAACUCGAUGCUGAAUUAUCAAAAACUUCUUAAAUCCCUUCCAAAAAGGACAAGAUUAAUCUUGGGACUGAGUUUGAGCCUGUAGUGUGAGUAAGAUGGUCUUAGGUGUAAAGAUUAAGAGGCCUGGAGGGACUGAUGACCUGAGGCAGACCCUUGUCAUGUAUUUUAGGCCCAUUUAUAAUCAUAAUGAUGGUAGAUGUAAUUGCUACAUGAUUUAUUAUAUCACCUGAGACUUUCCACAACACUGAAAUAAGCAGUUUGAGAAAAGGUGAAGGACAUGUGCAGAUUCACUCAGGUCGUAUGUGCUAGAGUUACAAUUCAAACCUAGAUCCGGAGUGCUUUGUGUUAUGUUUACUAUAAGCUUUUUUUUUUUAGUGUCAUAGUUAAAAGCCUGGGUCCCACAGCCAGACUACCUGAGAUCAAAUCCUGACUUUGCCUUUACUACCUGUUUGUUCUCGGUCACUGUAUAUAUGCCUUGUUUCGUGGGUCCACGGGAAGCAUGAGUCUGUUGGGACUUGGGACAAGAAGAAAACAAGACAUCUUCACAAGGAAUACCAGACAGUAAUAAAAAGUAUCCCAGAGUCUGAAGAGAUAGAACACAAACAUGACCGACAGAGGACUUAGGGAUCCUCCAGAGGACUCUCAGAAGGAUUUGGAAAAUGACCCAUCAAUAAAUUCUCAGGCACAGGAGACCACAGUCACAACAAGUACCACUGAAGAAGCUCAGACCCCAAACCCUGCCUCUGGUCUUAACAAAGACCACCAAGAGGUGGAAACAGUAGGUCCAGGAAGUGCAGAUACAGGUGAUCAAUCAGAAAGUCCAGAUGAAACAAAUGAUGGGAAAUAUCCAAAGGAUAAAACAGAACAUGAGAACAACCAGAGUUUUCAGGAUGGAGAAGAAAGGCACCCCGUCCAUUCAGAAAGUCCCGGUAAAGACCCCUUGGAUCCAGAACCCGACCGUUCUCCAGGUGACAAGGGAGGAAGAGAAGGUGCACACGUAGGGAGCAGCUCUGUAGCCCUCCCUGAGGAAGCAAGCGACAGACCCGGAGCUUCACAGGAGCCACUUGCUGUUGACCCUCAGGAUGCCCAGAGUCCUGGUCAUUCCAGUGUGCCGCUGGAGAACCAGGAGAAACUGAGGAGGCGACCGCAGGUGCCAGAGGCUGUAAGUCAUCAACAAGAAACACAAAAAUUGGAAGAAAACAAAGAGAAUGCACAGGAUACCUUAAGAAAGCCUAAUAAAAAGGAUUUUUGGACUUAUGGCUCUACCUUUUGUAUCUUCCUAGUUGUGGCUCUUGUUUUGCUAAGUUCUAUUACUAGCUACUAUUUGUCUCCAGGCCAGCAAGUGUCUAAAAAUCCAGCUUUGGAGGCCUUCUUGGUUCAGUUCAGCCAACUGAAGGAUAAAUUUCCAGGCCAGAGUUCCUUUUUGUGGCAGCGAGGACGUAAGUUUCUCCAGAAGCACCUCAAUGCUUCAAAUCCCACUGAGCCAGCCACCAUCAUAUUUACAGCAGCUCGAGAGGGAAGAGAGACCCUGAAGUGCCUGAGCCACCAUGUUGCGGAUGCCUACACCUCUUCCCAGAAAGUCUCUGCCAUUCAGAUUGAUGGGGCUGGAAGAACCUUUCAGGACAGUGACACAGUCAAGCUAUUGGUCGAUAUGGAGCUGAGCUCUGGAUUUGAAAAUGGCCAGAAGGCUGCAGUGGUACACCACUUUGAAUCCCUUCCUGCGGGCUCCGCCUUGAUCUUCUAUAAGUAUUGUGACCAUGAGAAUGCUGCCUUUAAAGAUGUGGCCCUGGUCCUGACCGUUCUACUAGAGGAGGAAACAUUAGAAGCGAGUGUUGGCCCAAGGGAAACAGAAGAAAAAGUGAGAGAUUUACUCUGGGCCAGGUUUACCAACUCGAACAGUCCCAAGUCCUUCAACCACAUGGACUCAGACAAGUUGAGUGGGCUGUGGAGCCGUAUUUCACACCUGGUGCUACCCGUGCAGCCAGUGAGGAACAUAGAAGAACAGGGGUGUCUUUGAUGAGCUAAGCACGGAGUUGGUUAUGGAAGGCAUGGGUUUAUUAAAAAAGUUAAAAGCCUUCCAUUUAUGUGGAAAGAGAUUGAUGAAUGUGAGGAAAGCACAAAUGAGCUUAUUUUAGAAAAUAAUUUUUCAUUUUUUACUUUUUGUAAAAUCUUUCUAAUCUAGGCUUGACAAAGCUAAAAAAUUUGACCAGAUUUUUUUCCCUUGCCUGUCAAGGAAAUCAGGUUUGAAAUAUACCAUGGUAUAUGUAACUGAGGAAUUUUUUUUAAUGCAAAAAUAUAGCAACAGAAUCAUUGCACAGGAAGAGACUCUUCUCAGAGUAGCUACAGAGUGAUUUUUGUUUUCUUGAGACUCUGAAGAGCCUUUUGGAUAGUGUUUGGACUUGGACUAAAGCAAUUACAGUUAUGAAGCAAUGAUAAUUUUUAGAAAAUUUUUCUAUUACAUGUUAAAUAUUUUAAUAACCUAUUGUGAGAUUACAUCUUAUACUAAUUUGCACUUUUGAAUAGUAUGAAAAAAAAAGAAACAAAUUCAAAUACUUAUCUAAAAACUAUAUGUAAGGCACUGCUUUUAUUCCGUUAAGGAGCUGAGGUAAAAGCAGCUAUAGUCAAGAAGUGUUAUUAAAAAUUGGAAACAAUGGGGAAAUUGUUUAUAAGCAUUGGAAAUAAAGAAAUUCCAAUUGGCUAUAUCUUUACUUCAGCUUUCUUGAAUGAUUUAGAGCAGUGAUUUUUAAGGUGUGUCUGCUGGCACCUCUCUACUUUGUAUCAGAGCAGUUCUACUUUGACUUUUUUAUAUAUUGGGAUUCUCUAUAAGAUUUAAUGGGAGCAAAGAGUUCCACUGAUAAUGAAGUUUGAAAACCACCCAUUAAGUGAAAAGACAUCUUAGAAGAUAGGAAAUGGGUAGAAAAAAAUGAGUGUAUUAUAACUCAUGAGUAGGAAGAGAAUGAAAUAUAGGUUUAUUGUAUAGACAUGCUAUUUAUGAAAGAUAAAGACCUACAGAUGAACAGCAGAAUGUAUAAACUCGUAUUUAUGUAUAUUUCUGAUGCUUUUGUUAAUUUCUGUUAAUCAUCGUUUCUGUCUCCCCUGGAUGGAGUUUUAUGAUAGCCUAGGAUGACAGUUUUCAAGUGACCUUUAAGCAGAAGAGAUUCUAAUAACCAAUUAAGUACUAGAUUCUAUAUGGGCACAUUGGCAUAACUUGACCAAACUGUUUACUUGUUAUGCAGCAAUGGAACAUUAUGUAAGGUAGCUUAUUUCUUGACUAGCUAGUUAGAAGUACUGUUAGGUUAACAAUUAGAGAAAUGCAAGAGAUGUUACACUUAGAGGAAGUAGAAAUGUUGGAUAGAUUCUCAGAGGUUUUAAUGGCCAAUAUUAAUUGUUGGACCAUGUUGUGAUUGUAAGAAAGAUUGAGAGCAGUGUUUAUGGAGAUAGUAGUUGUUUAUUUGCUUUUUAGCUCUGAAAGCAGAACUCUAGUAAAAUGAUCUUGAUCUAACGAAGGGUCUGUUCCUUUACAUGAUAUACCUAGGAACUAUUGCCAUGAUCCUGGAAUACUUCCACUAGGUUUUGGUCUCUCUGCUGCUGUGAGAGUAGAGUAUGUGUGUGUGUAUAUGUUUAUAUAUUUUUAAGAAGUCACAUGAUUAAAGUAUGGGAGGAUUUUCAGAAACACUAAGAAGAUAGAGGGAUUUUUAUUAAUACCUCAGAAGGAAUCACAAAGACAUGGGGGAAGAAUCUAUUUGAAAAUAUCUGUCACAGGAAGAAUACAUAAAUCUGUUCUAAGGCCUUUCGUUGUGCUCAGUUGGGUGUAGGGGCAUACCCAAAGGAACUGUUUUCAUUUGGGACUCUGUGAAGGAAUCUUCCAAUAGAUUUGAGGAAAGACCUGCCUGAACAAAAAGUUAAAUCACAGUGAAUAUAACAUCAGCAUCAAUCCAAUAUAAAGUCAGAGAAAAUUGAAGAAAAAUCUAUAUACCAUAUUCAAAUUUUUUUGUGUUUCUAGAUCUCAGAUGCUAGCAUUACAUCACACAAAACCAAUGGUGCCUUGUAGAACUGUUCCGUUGGCCUGCUGAUCUCUGCUACCUCAGAUCGAUAAAGAACUGGUAUGAAGUGUGCACAUCUGAUCUGUGUCAGCGACUCAGAGCACAGUUGAAACAAAUAUUCUUGUUAUUCAUUCAGUUGAAGGUGGUUUUUCAUCAUUUCCUUUCAAUAUAAUUUAGAAAAAUUUGAAAAAGUCGCAAUUUUUUUACUGUUUAGCCUUUGUUAAAACACUU